AUGACGAUAGAUUUUCGCUCUAUUUUUGUAGAGAAGCAGAAAUUGCUCGAUGAAUACAAAAUAAAAAUCAAAAGUUAUGAAGAAAGAUUGGCAGGGUUGGCGAGCGACCUAGACGGAGAGGGGUACAGAGAGCUCUCUGAAAAGCUGGAAAAGGCGAGGCUACAGCUCGAGAACUUAGAAUACCAGGUCGAUGAGUGCGAAGAACUAUUCCAAGAUGACGACGAUGAAGAUGAUCCUAAGGAUGUUUCCCUGCAUGAUACGCUGAAAGAAAUGAAUACAGAAAAUACGCCAUUUGAAAAACUUGGGAAAAAGUAUGAGCUCAUCGUCGAAGAUGUCAACAACAUUGAAGCUACCCUGAAAAGUCCGUUUCUGAAAGUUGAUGGCAGUGAGCAUCGAUUGGAAAUUGGAGAAUCGACGAAGCAUCGAGUCGGAGCUUGGGAGCCGCAGCCGGAAGGGUCCAAGUUUCUGGCUUAUGGAUUGUUUCGAAACAAGAUUUCAGUAGCUGCGACGCCAAAAUUUACCUCAACCUCGAUUAUUUUAUUCAUCGAUGAGGAAGGAGAAGUCAUGAGCUUCGACGUUGAAACAAAGUUCACGUACUCCUGGGGCUUUGGGCGUCAACGAGCCAUGCUCUUAGAUUUUGUUGCCAGUCGCACGCGGCGGGUGACAAUCGCUGCGCUAGUCUGCAGCUACUCGCCCGGCGCGGCUUCUAGCGUCAAACGAAAGUGCUUCGAGAUUAUGGAUCACACGGCGACCAGACUUGCUUUCGAAUGCCAGGAUUUCAACGAAGAAAUCGAGAAGCACCGAAAAUCCUCAGAAGAACAGAAAGCCGCGGCGAAGAAAAAGAUUGACGAGCUAAACAGUGACCUUGACCAAGCCCGUGGCACGAUUGCGGAGCUUGAUGAGAAAUUGGAAGCGUCGAACUCGGUGCUUUUGGAAAUGCAGGAGCAUUAUGUCUCGCUUUUUGAGGAUACACUUGACGAACUGGCAGAUGUGAUCGAGCAAGAAGAACCUGUCGGAACUUAUUUAGAUGGGAAAGAAGAAAUGGUAUCAGAGCGAAGAAAGCUGCUAGAAUCAGUCUCAUCCUGCCGCGAUAAAAUCCAGUCAGACCUCGACAAAUACAACGAUAUGAAAAAACUGUUGCAAGAAUACGAAAAGGAUGCAAAAGCGCAGUUAGAAGAAAACAAAAAUAUGAAGGAAGAAAUUGCAAAGUUGGAAAAAGAAAUGACCGAGCAAGGCCUUGAUUCAAUCAAAGAGCAGCUAAAAGAUGCACAUGCUAGUUUUACCGAAGAAAUCCUCAAGCUAAAGUCCGAUCAUUCUGACGAAAUAACAGCGCUAGAAAAAAUCGUUGAAGAAAAAACAAAAUUCAUCAAUCUCCAAGACGAGAAAAUCAAGAACUUUCUGAGGGACGAGGUGAUCCACAAAAAGAAUUUGGAGGAAGAAAGAAGCAAGUUUCAAGAGUUGGAAGAAAAGCUUCUUAGUUCGUUUGAAGAAAAAUUGCAUGAUAGAGAACAAUCGCAUGACUCUGAGAUAAAGAAAUUGAACAUGGCGAUCGAAGAUCUUCAGAAUUCGCAGAACGAGGAGCUCGAAAAUGGACAAGAACGAGUCGACCGAUUAUCAGAUGAAAACGAUGAGCUAAAAGAACAGAAUGAGAAACUCUUCAAAGAACUUGAAGACUUGAAAAACAACAAUCAAGUGUUAGAAGACAACACACUUAGAGUUGAAAAUGAAAAACUCGAAAGAGAGAUUGAAGCGCUUCGAUCUGAAAUUCACAACAUCUCAACUGGCUCUGAAAGUGCCGAGGAUCUCAAAGAACUUUUGCCAGAAAAUGAGAAGCUGAAAGAAGAAAUCGGCAACCUCAGAUCAACGAAAGACGAAGAUAAAGAAACCGAUGAAAUAUUGAAGGCAGAACUUGCAUUGCUCAAGGAUAAAGUGUCGAGCUUUGAAGACUUUGAAAUUCGAAAAGAAGAGGAGCUGUUUUCUCUCAACGAAAAAAUCGCCAAGCUUGAAGAUGCUGACAUGACAACUCAACUUGAGAAAAUCGAGCUGGAAGAGCAAGUUUGCGCAAAACAACGAGAAAUUUCCGAACUUACUGACAGAAACUACGCGCUCGAGGAAAAGUUGACCAUUUUGAUGCUGGAAAAGAGCAUAAACGACGAAAAAGAAGAAGACAUGGAGGACAACGAGGCAAAUGAGGAGGAACUAAAGAUGGAAGAUUUAGUUGUUAACGCUCAAAAUGUCACGUACGAAAAAGAAUCCUCAAUUAUUUGCUCGAUGCUUUUGUACAUGCUGAUUGUAUGUAUUUCGUCGCUCAUCAUUUUCUGGCCGGAGCUCAGCCGAGCUCUAGUUCGCGACCACCCGGAAAUUGCCGAUGCUUUGAAACAAGGCUUCAAAACUGGCCAAGAAUCGGCUGAGAGGACAAUUAAUAUCGCUCUGGAAUAUACUCCUGACACGCUUGUUUUUCACGGAAAAUUGAUGGCUCAGACGAUGCAAAACCUGGGCUCAAAAGCGCAAGAUUUAAUUCAACUAAAUGGAUAUGAAGAAUAUCUCGACCGCAUUUCGGAAGUGAUGCUUGAGGUGCAGAAGAGACUUAAUCUUGCGUAA